GGGCCCGGACGUAUAUAUUGGGGUGUCCAACUUUUUUACUGUUACACUUUACUUGUGGGCCAGGUUGGACAGUAUCCAGUGGAAAAUGUCGCAGUAUUCUGGAAAGAUCACCUUCUAUGAGGGAAAAUGCUUCACCGGCAGGCAGCUGGAGGUCAGGGGCGACUGCGAUAACUUCCAGGACCGUGGCUUUAUGAACCGCGUCAACUCCAUCCGCGUGGAGAGCGGCGCCUUCUGCUGCUUCGACCACCCCGACUUCAAGGGACAGCAGUACAUCCUGGAGCACGGCGAAUACCCUGAGUUCCAGCGUUGGAACAGCCACAAUGACCACAUGGGCUCCUGCAAGCCCAUCAAGAUGCACGGUGAGCACUACAGAAUGGAACUGUUCGAGGCCUGUAACUUCUCCGGCCAGUGUGUGGAGAUCUGUGACGACUGCCCCUUCCUGCAGAGCCGUGGCUUCAGCAAGAACUGCAUCAACUCCAUCAAGGUCUACGGAGAUGGAGCCUGGGUGAUGUAUGAGGAGCCCAACUUCCGUGGCCGCAUGUACAUUGUAGAGAGAGGAGACUACUGCAGUCACAACGAGUGGCAGGCCGAGAACCCCAACAUCCAGUCCAUCCGUAGAGUGGUCAACUACUUCUAAACCUCUUCCCCUGUCCCGCCCCAGACCCGGCAUGGACUUUCACCACUCUAGAAAUGUACAAUAAAAAAAUAAAAACAUAUUUUAAAAAAAG